AUGGCUGCCUUUGGGGAAGCAGCUCCUUACCUCCGAAAAUCAGAGAAGGAGAGAAUUGAGGCCCAGAACAAGCCUUUUGAUGCCAAGACAUCCGUCUUUGUGGCUCAUCCUAAAGAAUCCUUUGUGAAAGGGUCAAUCCAGAGCAAAGAAUCAGGGAAGGUCACUGUCAAGACUGAAGCUGGAGAGACCCUGACCGUGAAGGAAGAUCAGGUCUUUUCCAUGAACCCUCCCAAGUAUGAUAAAGUCGAAGACAUGGCCAUGAUGACCCACCUCCAUGAACCCGCUGUGCUGUACAACCUCAAAGAGCGUUAUGCAGCCUGGAUGAUCUACACCUACUCGGGACUCUUCUGUGUCACUGUCAACCCCUACAAGUGGCUGCCGGUGUACAACCCGGAGGUGGUGUUGGCCUACCGAGGCAAGAAGCGCCAGGAGGCCCCUCCACACAUCUUCUCCAUCUCUGAUAAUGCCUAUCAGUUCAUGCUAACUGAUCGCGAGAACCAGUCAAUCCUGAUCACCGGAGAAUCCGGUGCAGGGAAGACUGUGAACACAAAGCGUGUCAUCCAGUACUUUGCAACAAUUGCAGCGAGUGGGGAGAAGAAGAAGGAAGAGCAGCAGUCAGGCAAAAUGCAGGGAAUGCUUGAGGAUGAAAUCAUUAAUAUAAAUGCUUCUCUCUCUCUCUCUCUCUCCUGCUCUUUAGUGGCUGACAAGGCUGCCUACCUGAUGGGCCUGAACUCAGCUGAAUUGCUCAAAGCCCUGUGUUACCCCCGAGUCAAGGUUGGGAACGAAUUCGUGACCAAAGGUCAAACUGUAGAACAGGUGAACAAUGCAGUUGGUGCCCUGGCAAAAGCUGUCUAUGAGAAGAUGUUCUUGUGGAUGGUUAUUCGCAUCAACCAACAGCUGGACACCAAGCAACCCAGACAGUACUUCAUUGGUGUCCUGGACAUUGCUGGCUUUGAGAUCUUUGAUUUCAACAGCUUUGAGCAGCUGUGCAUCAACUUCACCAACGAGAAACUGCAACAGUUCUUCAACCACCACAUGUUCGUGCUGGAGCAGGAAGAGUACAAGAAGGAAGGGAUUGAAUGGGAGUUCAUUGACUUUGGGAUGGACCUGGCGGCUUGCAUCGAGCUCAUUGAGAAGCCCAUGGGCAUCUUCUCCAUCCUGGAAGAGGAGUGCAUGUUCCCCAAGGCAACUGACACCUCUUUCAAGAACAAGCUCUAUGACCAGCAUCUGGGCAAGUCCAGCAACUUCCAGAAGCCCAAGCCUGCCAAAGGCAAGGCUGAGGCCCACUUCUCCCUCGUGCACUAUGCUGGCACGGUGGACUACAACAUCUCUGGCUGGCUUGAGAAGAACAAGGACCCCCUGAACGAAACUGUCAUUGGGUUGUACCAGAAAUCAUCCGUGAAGACACUGGCUUUACUCUUUGCCACCUAUGGUGGGGAAGCAGAGGCUGGUGGUGGCAAGAAGGGUGGCAAGAAGAAGGGUUCUUCUUUCCAGACUGUCUCAGCUCUUUUCCGGGAGAAUUUAAACAAGCUGAUGGCUAACCUGAGAAGCACUCACCCCCAUUUUGUACGAUGCAUCAUCCCAAAUGAGACAAAAACACCUGGUGCCAUGGAGCAUGAGCUGGUGCUGCAUCAGCUGCGGUGCAAUGGUGUGCUGGAAGGGAUCAGAAUUUGCAGGAAAGGGUUCCCCAGCAGAGUCCUGUAUGCUGACUUCAAACAAAGAUACAGAGUGCUUAAUGCAAGUGCUAUCCCAGAGGGACAGUUCAUGGACAGCAAGAAGGCUUCAGAAAAGCUCCUUGGGUCCAUUGAUGUGGACCACACCCAAUACAGAUUUGGUCACACCAAGGUGUUCUUCAAAGCUGGACUGCUGGGACUCCUGGAGGAGAUGAGGGAUGACAAGCUGGCAGAAAUCAUCACUCGCACACAAGCCAGGUGCAGGGGCUUCCUGAUGAGAGUGGAGUAUCGGAGAAUGGUGGAGAGGAGGGAGUCCAUCUUCUGCAUCCAG